UGGAACAAACCUCGCUCGAGUUUGUGGGCAGAGCCGGGAGCAGGGAAAGCUGGGAACAGAAAAGAGGCUUUUCACGCUGUCGGCUGAGUCACACCAAGCGUAUAAAAUCAAGGCCAGGCAGUCGGAGCCGAGCGGAGGCACGAGGCACCGGCACUUUUGGACAGGAAACAGGUCCUGCAAACUGCAAGGAUGAUGUCACCUUUGCUCAUCCUCCCUCUGCUGCUGGGGACCACAGCACACGGCCCAGUGAACAGAGCAUCAUCCAGGGAUGUCACCACCUUCUUCCAGCUGGCUCAGGAAGGCACCUGGGAGAAUGUUAAUCUCACCAGCAUGUCCUGUGAAUAUUGGAAGAACAGGACGUGGAUCACCCUGCAGCUGACCAACAGCAGCCUGACAGCUUUCCCUGUGUGCCUUCCAGAGGCCCUGCAGGACUUGGAUCUCAGCAAUAACCUCUUGGAAGAGGUGAAUGGCACAGAGAUAGCAAACCUCCCACAGCUGCGUGUCCUCUCGCUGAGGCACAACCACCUCUGGUCAGUGAGGUGGGGAUCUGAAACCCUCAGCAGUCUCCUCAAGCUGGACUUGAGCUUUAACAAGCUGUCAUCUGUGCCAUCCUGCCACGGCUCUGCUCUACCUAACCUGAGGUGGUUGUCCUUGGCUGGAAAUCCACUGAUUGAAAUCCAGCCACUGGCUUUUUCCUGCUAUCCUCAGCUGCAGGUCUUGAACCUCUCUGCAACACUGCUUGGGCAGGAUGACAAUAGAGGAAUUAGAGACUCUGCUUUUGCCAUCAGCACAGAUCCCAACGAGGCCAUGAACAGGACUGGAAACUCCAUCAGUGUGCUUGAUCUGAGCAGGACCUUUUUUGAGAAAAUUCAACCAGAGUGGACCAGGGACUUGGCCAACCUCAGAUUGCUUAAACUGACAAGCAUGCCACGGUUAAGAAGCCUCGAUGGCAACUUCUUCAAGUCCCUGCCUGGUCUCCAAGAGCUGCACUGUCAGGACUCCCAUUCCCUGAGUUUUGUGCAGACAGAGGUGUUUGACAGUGCUCCUCACUUGAGGCAUCUCUCAUUUGAGAACUGUAACCUGAGUUCCUUUAACCCUUGGAACACCAAUUCAUCAGAUGGCAUCGCCAUCAACUUGUCUGGGAAUCCUCUGCUGUGCGACUGCCAGCUCUCCUGGCUGCUGUCCAAGCCCGAGAAAGUUGUUCUGGUAAAGGCUUCAGAGACUUUUUGCACAUCCCAGGAAGAUUCGGGCAGACCUCCAACAUCUUUUUCACUGCUGGAGCUCUACAAUAAAUGCCAGUCAGAGGGCAAUGUUACACUGCCCCAUUCAAACACAGCCCUUCCUGAUCAUGAUGCUUUCAGCUUCACCAGUGAUGAGACCUCUGCUCUAGUAACAACAGACUCAGCUCUGCUCACCACGGAUUUGACUCACACCAGCUCCCUAAUCCGGAGGGAUGUGAUGAGCACAGCAGCAUCCAGCCCAAUGCUAACCAAAGACACCUACACCAGCUCCCUGAUCUAUGGGGAUGUGAUAAGCACAGCAGCAUCCAGGCCAACACUGACCAAAGACACCUCUACCAGUUCCCUGAUCUAUGGGGAUGUGAUGAGCACGGCAGCAUCCAGGCCAACACUGACCAAAGACACCUCUACCAGUUCCCUGACCUAUGGGGAUGUGAUGAGCACGGCAGCAUCCAACCCAACGGAGCCGAUCCUAACAAAGGCCAACAGUUCCUCCCAUGAGGACAAGGCAGUUUCUGAAUCCACAAGUAACCCCCCUUCCUCAGCAUCUGUUACCUCCUUCCCAGUUUUUCUCCAAGAGCUCUUUGCUCAGUCCCCAGACCACAGCUCCACAAGCCCAUCUGGAACAGAACAGGUGCAGAGAGGGCUCAGAACAACCGACACAACAUUCCCCCAGGAAGGGCCGUUCAACCAGACCAAGGAUUAUUCCACUGGAGCAACAGGAGUCCCACACACCACCAACCAUCCCAUUCACUCCUUUGCCACCCAUGGCAGGGAAGGUGCCCUCCAGACAAGCCCUCCCCAGCUGAUCACCACGAGGAGCAGUGCCCACCCAGAGCCUGCACCCACCACACCACCACCACAUUACACCGAUGACUACGACUACGACGAGAAGCCAAAGGAAACCCCAGGGCUAACAGCCCACGUGAACUGUGACUACGAUUCUUGCAGGCACCUGCAGAAGCCAUGCAAGGAACUCCAGAACAUAACCCAGUGUUCAUGUCCUGGCACAUCAAGGGAAGAUGAGAUUCCAAACCCACCCAGGCUCAAAGAAGUGAUUGAAAUCACUGACAGCUCUGCACAGAUACGCUGGUGUGCCCCACACUCAGUUGUUCACAGUUAUGAGCUGGUGCUUCAUGCCCAAGACAACGAGGACAGGCAGUUUGUCAUGGACAACAUCUACCCCACGGCCAGGCAGCACACUCUGUAUGGCCUGCUGCCAUUCACCACUUACCACAUCUGUAUCACUGCCUCCAACAAAGCAGGCUCAAGCCGGAACACAGGCCACGAAACUCCAGGUAAUUCGUGUACCAGCUUUAAAACAAAACCCAGCUACAAGUAUAUUUUUGCUGGUCUGUCUGCAGCAAGUGGACUCUUUCUCAUUACCACAAUUGUUUUAUCUGUAUGUCUGUGUAAGGCAUGUAAAAAGCCUCAGAGUGAGCAGUAUGGUACACACUUAGUCUCCUACAAAAACCCAGCAUUUGAUUAUCCUUUAAAAAUACAAACCACUAAUUAGCUCUGGGUGAUUGUUCCAUGCAUUCAAAGUUCACUGUCUCCAUUGCCAUGGUUUGUUUUUGUGGGACUCUGAAAAUGUGCUUCAGUAAAAAACUAUGAACCAUCAGAUUCCAUAACCCUGACGUUUCUAAGGGAGAGAAAACCACCAAAAAAAGAGGAAAAAAAACUAAUAAUGAAGGUAGUCAACCAGAAAAAAGUCUUUGGACUCCUGUUCCUGUGCUAAGCAGCAGCAAACCUGCACACUAACCUUGAAAAGUUGUUUUUGUAAUCACAAACAAAUAGAGUGGCAUAAAUUUCACACAGUGAGAGGCUGCUGGCCAGCUGCCUGCCUCCAGCAUCUCUCAUGAACACAGCCAGAUGAGAGCUGUAAUCCAAGGUGCAUUAAGCUGAGCAAGACACACUCUGCUUUUAUUCACACAGGAAAGCUGGGGAUUCCAUUUUUUAAAGGUACUAUCCAUAAAGAGAGUAAAGCUGAAAGGAGUGGGCUCAGUGACAAGGUGCUGCACAGAUCUAACUCCUCUAAGCAAGUGCAGUGGAUGCACAUGAUCAACCUAACUUCAGGAAAAAGAAACGUGAAAUUUAAUUGUGCUCACAGAUUGUGCAGGAUCCUUAGGGCAGGGGUAAUUAUUUUGUUCUGACUUUUUAUGAGGUUGUCCACAACUGAGCCUCCCAAGUGCUUCCCAAGCACAAGGUAAUGGGGGGGGUCUGCAGUGCAGCAGUGACCCACAGAAGAGGUGGGGGGAUUAUUUUAACAUUUGCUUUUAAUGUUUAACAUUGGAUUUUAAGCAGAGAGGAUGUUCCAUCCCAAUUAUCCGUCCCAGCUACAGAUUUAGCAGCUGAUGAUUUACCUCAUACAGGGGCAAAAAGCCAAGUAAUGAAGCAAUUUCAUCCAUGUGCUACUGAGACUUGAAAAAGCCAAAUCUCCUGCACCAGCAGCAAACAGUUCUGCAGACACCAUUCAAAUGAACUCUUGGGUUCUGUACAAUAAUAGUAACAAAUGCUGACAAUCCCAACUUUGAGCUAGAAUCUAAAGAGGUGUCCCAAGCUGAUAUUUUCCCAUAGAUUCCAGUUCCAGGAGCUGCUGAGGGGAAGGUGCUGUGCUGUACAAAAAAGUCUCUGUUCCAUUCUUUUGGGGUUUUUAAUGCUUUCAGUAUUACAGAAAUAAAAGCCACAGAGCUAUGUUCUGGUUUUUUGUUAAAGAUGUGGAUCUUGGUGUUGUCUUUAUAAUCUACAAUG